ACGCAAACAACACAACUGCGACAAUGAAUCGCUCAAAAACUAUGCAAUUCUUAUAUUUUUCUUAACACUCGGAAAGUGUAAUUGAUGGAGUCUUGAGCUUUUAGAAGUUGGUUCACCUGUUGGAAAGUAGACGCACGUGGGUUUGUUUUGGUUACUGUCAUCGAAUUGUAUGCCGAUUUACUUAACGAAUUUUUAAGUAGUUACUUAAGGAGAAGAUGUCUAGGCCAGAGCAUUUAGCCCCACCUGAAAUAUUUUACAACGACGAUGAGGCUCGUAAAUAUACCCAAAAUUCUCGGAUCAUCGAUAUCCAGGUUAAAAUGAGUGAGCGAGCAGUUGAGCUGCUCUUGUUGCCUGAUGAUACUCCCUGUUAUCUGUUGGACAUUGGUUGUGGUUCUGGGUUGAGCGGGAGCGUUUUGGAGGAUCAGGGUCAUUACUGGGUCGGCAUGGAUAUAUCCAGUGCGAUGUUGGAUGUCGCUGUGGAGAGAGAGAUAGAGGGUGAUUUGGCUCUGACUGAUAUGGGACAAGGUGUACCUUUCAGAGCUGGAAGUUUUGAUGGUGCCGUGAGUAUAUCGGCGUUGCAGUGGCUCUGCAAUGCGGAUAAAACAUCACACAAACCAGUCCAGAGGAUGUACAAGUUCUUCAGCAGUCUUUACGCCUGUUUGAGUCGCUCGGCGAGAGCAGUCUUCCAGUUUUAUCCGGAGAACAGCGAGCAAAUGGAACUGGUUACAGCGCAAGCGAUGAAAGCCGGAUUCUACGGAGGCGUGGUAGUAGAUUAUCCCAAUUCGGCUAAAGCCAAGAAGUUCUUCCUAGUUCUGAUGACAGGUGGUAGCAUGCCGUUACCACAAGCUUUGGGCACAGACCAAGAUUCUCGAGGUGUAUCGUAUGCAGCCAGAAAAGAGCAGGCGAGGAAGAACAAAGGUAAACCUCUGAAGCAUUCGCGUGAAUGGAUUCUGAUGAAGAAGGCGCGCAUGAGGCGACAAGAAAAAGAGACCAGAGCGGACUCGAAGUAUACCGGAAGGAAACGAAGCGGAAGGUUCUAAUUUAUUAUCCUAUAGCGAAUGCACAGAGAUAUAUUUUAAUAGGUUUAAGCCAAAAUAUAAUUAUUAUUAAUUAAUUCACUGAAUCCGUCUUUGAAAAAAUCGAUCCAA